AUGUCAUCUGGUAAUGAAAGUGAAACCAUUAGGCGCAACUCUAUGGCCCGAGAUAUACCACACAGGACGAAUUCGCAACAUGGUACUACUAUGAGGGAGCGGCUGGUGGAAUGGCGGACCAUAUUAUUGUUGGUGCUGUCCCUAAUUGCGACACUGACUUUCCAAGCUGCUGUAGACCCUCCCGGUGGUGUGUGGCAAGAUGACUCUCCCAAAGAUGUCCAGGAUAUCCCUAUGGUGCCAAAUCCACACAAGGCCGGGGAAUUCGUAAUGGCUUAUAACAAUCCGGUUUGGUUUGCAAUUUUCUACAUAUCCAACUUAUUUGGUUUUAUUGGAUCUAUAUUAACAAUUCUUUUACUCAUCAUUGCAAUGGCGUUCAACAACAACAUUGUUUUGGGGUUUUUUAUUAUAACCACAUGCGUGACGGUUGUGUCAGUUAUAGUAGUUUUUUUUGCUUCUCUUAGCGGAAUGACUCCAGACAAGAACAUAAAAGAAUUCGAUAUUCAAACGAGUAAAUUUGUAAAUAUCACUGCAAUCGGUGGUCUGAUAAUGGGUUUUCUCGCAGUUUUGGUAUCAAUUUGCGUUUUAAUAGGUCGCAGACGAAGAAGUUUAAGUUCAGUAGAUGCAAACAAUGCCAAUAGAGACCUAGAAGCUCUAAACAAUGCCAAUAUUGGGGGCCCAGGAGCUCCUCAAAAUGCAGCGGCGGCAAACAAUGACAGUAUUUUUGGCCCAGAAGCUCCUCUAAAUGCAGCUGCUGCGGCAAACAAUGCCAAUAUUGUAGGCCAAGCAGCUCCUCAAAAUGUAGCCAGCGCAAACAAUGCUAAUGGAGGCGAAAUCCAGCUGGUGUAA